UUCAUAUUCACAUAGUCUUCUAGCGUUUUUUGACUUUGGAUCCGAUUUUUGGAUUUUGCCUGUGCCUUGCCCUUUUGCCCUGUCUGCCUUCUCUGCCUGACUCAUCUGCACCAAACCUACUUCCAAAUUAAAUUGGAAACACUAUUGUUUGUGAGACAUGCGUUGGGGUCUGUCCUUUGUGCUUCUCAAAACUACGUCAUCUCUGUGGACAUCACUGCAAAAAGAUGGACUUGAAGAUUCAUCCACAGGCACUGCACCAAAGGUGUUUAAUGAUCCCAUCCAUGGUCAUGUGGAGUUACACCCACUUCUUGUCAAAAUCACUGACACACCUCAGUUCCAGAGACUACGAAACAUCAAGCAGCUUGGAGGGGGCUAUUUUGUUUACCCUGGAGCAUGCCACAAGCGCUUUGAACACUCCAUCGGGGUGGCACACUUAGCAGGAGAACUUGCAAAAGCUCUGCAGUCAAGGCAACCAGGACUCAACAUAACUGAUAGAGACAUCCUUUGUGUCCAGAUUGCAGGUCUUUGUCAUGACCUGGGACACGGGCCCUUUUCUCACCUCUUUGAUGGGAUGUUCAUUCCUGAAGCAUGCAAAGGCCAAAAAAAAUGGAAGCAUGAGGAUGCUUCUAUAGAAAUGUUUGAUCACGUGGUGAAAUCUAAUAAACUGAGAGAAGUGAUGAGGAAGAAGCCUUACAGCCUGGACGAAAAUGAUGAAAUCUUCAUCAAGGAGAUGAUUAACGGUCCUCAAAAGGAUCCUGAAGCAGCUCAGGCUGAGUGGCCGUACAAAGGACGCACGAGGGACAAGUCCUUCCUCUAUGAGAUUGUGUCCAACAAGAGAAACGGCAUUGAUGUGGACAAGUUUGACUACUUUGCCAGGGACUGCCACCACCUGGGCAUCCAGAACAACUUUGACCACUGGCGUUUCAUAAAGUUUGCCAGGGUUUGUGAUGUGGAGGGGGAGAAGCGAAUCUGCUCCAGAGACAAAGAGGUGGGCAAUCUGUACAACAUGUUCCAUACAAGGAACUACUUACAUAGAAGAGCCUACCAGCACAGAGUAACCAAGAGUGUAGAGAUCAUGAUCAAAGAUGCCUUCAUGAAAGCAAAUAAUCACAUCAAGAUUCAAGGUUCAAAUGGAAAGAUGUUCAAACUUUCUGAGGCCAAAAAUGACAUGGAGGCCUACAGCAAGCUGACAGAUCACUUGUUCGAAUACAUACUCUACUCUGAAUCUAAAAAAGAAUCGCAAGAAGAAUCCGAAGAAUCCAAAAAUCUGAAGGGGGCAAGAGAUAUUCUAAAGAGAAUCAUCUCUCGGGAUCUGUACAAGUUUGUGGGUGAAGCCCUGCUCACGGAAAAAAAAGAAGUCAAAAAAGAAGAAGAAAAAGGAAAAAAAGAAGAUGAAAAGCAAAAACAACAGGCUAGUUUGACUCAGGCCUUCGUUGACGCUGGAAUUCCACGUGAUGACUUUGAAGUUGUUGUCGUCACUUUUGACUAUGGGAUGAAAGACAAGGACCCUCUAGCUGACACAUAUUUCUACAGAAAGGAGGAUCCUGACAAAGCAUACCCAAUCAACCAAACCCAAGUGCGCAGCUUUCUUCCAGCGCGCUUUUUUGAGAACAUCAUUCGGGUUUACUGGAAGAACACUGAUAAGACAAAACUCAACACUGCCACACGAUUGUUUCGUGAAUGGUGCGAGAAGAACGGAUUUGAAGAACUGAGGAACUUGAACAAGAAGAUGAAAAAGUGAAGCUGAAGAUUGAAGCUGAAAAAGGAAAAACAGUGAGAGUGAAUGUUAAUAGAACAGAAAACCUUCAUGUACAAAAACUCUAAUGUACUUGGCACUAUUUUAAUGCCUAAAAUAAAUUAGAAGAGUACAUACACAUGAAUUAUUGCUUAUUCAGGCCUGUACUCGCUUUUAUAGACCCAGUAUAUCUUUAUUUUAGUGGGAUCAUCCUUCUCUUGUUUUUAGACUCGCUUCCAUUGCAGCUUUAUAUGACACAUAUACAAUACACAACCAAAUCACUACUUUAAAGCAUGUUUGUAAUUUUGUUGUUGACCAUCAGCUGUGGUUUAUUAAAAUGUCAUGUUUGUGAUAUUCAGGUAUCAGACACAGACUUGUUUCUAUGUUCUCAGGAACUGUGAGGCUUUUAAAAGAGGUGAAUCAAAUGUGUGACAGAGUCAUUUAAUGUGAAUAUUUAGUUUGUGUUUGGGGUCUAAUUAGUGGUUUUUGGUUUUAAUGUUAAUUAUAAUAUUCAGUGUGUAAUUUUAUGAAAUAUUGUGAUUUUGGAUGGGUUUUCAUCACAUUCUUAUUUGUUACUCAGUCACUGUUCAUUGUUACUGGCUUCUUAAUAUGAAAUACAAUAUAAAUAAGAAAAGAGAUCAUAACCCAAACCAUUAUAUAUUACUAUCAUAUCUUCACUGUAUUAAAUCCUUAUAGCUCAGCUCACAUAUAUGUGAUUAAGGCAUAGUUUGUGUAAUGUUGUGUUUGAAUCACUGUGUGCAAAUUCAUUGUAACUCAAUAGUGUACUGUGUGUCUAACUGGGAAAGCUAAAAGGUUAACAGAACCUUUGAAUUGUACUCCAGUUCAGAUGAUCAGUGGUGUAUGGUUGAUAGAAUAAAACUCUGUUUCCCUUCA